UCCAGCACCCUUAAGCUACAAAGAGAAAUCCCUCGCUCUUUUCAUCUCGCGUUGUAAAGGCAUAAACCCUCGCGCGCGCUCUCUCUCUCGUCUAAAACUCAGAACCCAAAAACCCUAACCCUAAACUCAAUGGCGGACUCUGUAGUUUCGGUUGAGAAGCUGAAAGCUUUCGUGCAUUCUCAGUACUAUGAUGAGGAGAAGUGGGCCCUCAACUCGAAAUUGCUGCGUGCUGUUGGGCUUUUUGCAGGAUCAAUUUUCCUGAUGCGGAACUAUGGUGAUCUUAUGGCAAUAUGAGGGCGUAUGUAGGGCUGAUAGCAAGCUCAUAUUUUCUGAUGAACUAAGUUGUUGGCGGUUCUUUUAUUAGUACUUAAUACCUUUUGACUGGAGAGUCGUUUCAAUUGAACAAUAAUAAGCUUCCCUGUUUUGCAGUUA